UGUAUCGAUGCUUUAUUAUCCAUACUGGUGCUGAUAUAUUAGACAGUAGCUGAUUAGCUUUAUGACAGUUUGAAGGAUUUUUAUCGAACCGUUUUUUUUAAUAUCAAUUUGACACUGAACAGUAUUUUUUUAAUAACAUUAUCAACAAUGUAUUUUAUUGUAUAAAAUAAGAGAAUGUACGAAGGUUAGAUAGUUCAUACUUUUUUAUAAGAUUGUGCCCUUCUGGAAUAUUUGGCAGCAAUCAAGUAUCUGAAAACAUGAUACAACGAGCUCCUAAUCUUCUGAAAUUUCUUCAAAAUAUUAAUUAUUAUAAUAAAGAAUGUUUAUAUAUGUUUCAAGUGGGAUAUGCAAAAAGACAUACUAGUACUUUGAUUACAUAUAAUUAUAAUAUAGGAGGUAAAUUGCAUAGAAUUGCAAAUCCUCAAAAGAUUUUUAAUGCAAAAAAAAGAGAACAUUCACAAAAAUGGAGAUGGAUUUUUGUUACAAUGUCCAAGCCAAUAUCUGUUAUAGCAAAAGUACAAAAAGAAGAUACAGGAAACAUAAAUAAACAAUCAGAAAGUAAUGUACAACAAACAAUAAUAGAAUUAAAGGAAGAAAAUUUGGGACAAUUGAAAGAAAGAAAAUUAGAUGUUAAACCUGAUGAAGCUAAAGAAGGCCAACAAAAUUUGAAGACAGAAGCUAAAAAGAAAAAGAUGGAUAAAAAAGUAUCAUCUUUAGAACGUAAUUUUAUUACACCAGUUAGAGCAAUGUCUGAUUUUUUAUUGAAACCAUCUGAUCUUGAAAAUCUACCAAAGACAAAAAGAAGAUCACCCUAUGAAUUUGAACCUCCAAUUACUGUCUAUUGGAGAAAAGAUGUAGAAGCUAAAGCAAUAGAAGUUUGGGGAUCACGAGAAAUUUUAGAAAAAGAACUUCUUAAAAAAGAACUUGAACGGAAAGCAUAUCAGCAAAACAUAUUUACUGUCAAACGAAGAUUAAGAGAUUAUAGACGAGAAAUGGGUAGUAAAACCCAAAUUUUUGAACAGGAAGGCCUUCUUGGAAGAUCUGGUAAAGUGGUUUUAACCGCUAUUGCCAUAAACGGUUGUAAUUUUUUAUUUAAACUGUGUGCUUGGUUAUAUACUGGUUCGCACAGUAUGUUUUCAGAAUGUGUACAUUCUGCUGCAGAUACAUGUAAUCAGUUAAUAUUAGCAUAUGGUAUUCAUAAAUCAGUACAAUCUCCUAUCCAUGAGCAUCCGCGAGGCUAUAGGCAAUUCUGAGAGCGGAUAGAGCUC